AAUUCUACCUGAUGUCCAAUCUGGACCUCCUCUGGCACAGCUUGAGGCGGCUUCCUUUUGUCCUGUUCCCUGGGAGCCCCACCUGCUCCAAUUGCUAAUUAGCAAUUAGUGUGCGUGAUUAAUGAAUACCUCAGUGGCUGCCCAGGGUGGAGUCCCCAAGUCCCCAUCCCUGGGAGUGUCCAAAACACGAGUGCAGGUGGCAAUUUGCCAUAUGGAUUAGUGGGACUGGUGGGGUUUGGUCAGAGAUUGGACUUACUUUGGAUGUCUCUUCCAGUCCUAAAGAUUCCAUGAAUAAACAUUCACCCCUCUAAUUGUCUAUUUGUGCCCUGUUCUCUCUCCUCUGACCAGGCCAGCUCUGAGUUUCCCUGGAGCCCCUUGUGUCUCAGGAUGUUCCUGAGGAGCUCUGCCCAUGCCCUGCUCCGUGUCGGGAUCCAGCAGCUCCCGCGGGGGCUGAUCCGGUGCCACGGGUCCAGGUGGAGCCAUUACAGGGCCGUGAUCUUUGAGGAGAGCGGGGUCCUGCUCCCAGACCCCCACAGCACAGCCACAGACUGGGAGGCCCAGAAUUGUAUUCCAGCUGGCACCAUCCAGCAAGCCCUGCUGUCUGGAGGGGAGAACAGUCCCUCCCGGAGGUAUUCCAGAGGAGAGCUGACAGCUGUGGAGUUCCUGCAGGAAUUGGGACAGCAGUGCUUUGAGAUUGCAGAUGUCCGUGUUCCAGUCGACUCUUUUCUCUGGGACUUAAUCCGGGCUGAGAUGAUAAAACAGCUCCCCACAAUGGCAGAAGCAGCUCAGUGUGUCCGAGCAGAAGGGCUUAAGACAGCUCUGCUCAGCAACAGCUCAUCCCUGGGGAAGGGAGGGAGGUUCCUGGCCCUGGAUCGACGGCACUUCGACGUGGUGGUUGAAUCCCAUCAGGAAGGAAUUCACUGGCCAGAUCCCGGGAUUUACAGGCUGUGCCUGGAGCGCUUGGGUGUCCAGCCCCAGGAAUCCAUUGUCCUCGACAGCAGCAGCCACAACCUGGAGGCAGCAGCCCAGCUUGGCAUGAAAACAGUGAAGGUCGAUGAUCCGGAGGCAGCACUCAAAGAGCUGGAAACCCAUCUGGGAUUUCCUCUGCGAGGGUUUGUCCCCUAUACUCGCUCAGUGGGACCAGGCAUGGAAAUCCCAAAGGAUCAACUGCAAAAGUACCUUGAAAAUGUUCUGGGUGCCCACCCAACAGGCCCUCUGGAGUUACGGCAGUUUGACCACGGAGAGUCCGCCCGGAGCUUUUUGGUCAAGUUUGGGGAUCGUUUGCUGGUGCUGAAGAAGGAGAAGGAGCCUCCUGACAGCCCCAGUCCCUCAAGCUCUGCUGUCCCAAGGGAAUACAGGCUCCUGAAGGCUCUCUCUGAGGCUGGUGUUCCUGUUCCCACUGUACUUGCUCUCUGCGAGGACAGCAGCACCCUUGGCUCACCUUUCUACGUGAUGGAGCUCUGCCCUGGCCGUGUCCACCGCAACGUGUCCCUGCCGGCGCUGCCGCCCCACCAGCGCCAGGCCCGGUACCGCGCCAUGAGCCACGUCCUUGCCAGGAUCCACGGCGUGGAUCUCAGGGCAGCCGGGCUGCAGGACCUCGGGGAGCACGGUAAUUACAUUCAGCGGCAAGUUGAGACCUGGACAAAGCAGUACCGAGCUGUGGAAACUCACAUUAUCCCAGCGAUGGAGAGACUCAUCCAGUGGCUGCCUCUGCAUUUUCCAGAGUCUCAGAAGACGACACUGGUACAUGGUGAUUUCAGGAUGGACCACCUGGUCUUUCAUCCAGACAGGCCAGAAGUCCUUGCUGUCCUUGGCUGGAAGUUUGCAGCUCUAGGAGAUCCCUUCUCUGAUUUGGCGAAUAGCUGCAUGGCCUAUUUCCUGCCACCUCACUUUAGUGCUCGGAGAGGCUUGAGGAAGUGUGAUUUGAGGCAGCUGGGAGUUCCCACGGCAGAGGAGUAUUCCCAGAUGUACUGCGGCCACAUGGGAGUGGAGCUCCCGGAGAACUGGAAUUUCUACAUGGCCUUUGCCUUUUUCCGCCUGGCCGUGGCGCUGCAGGGGCGGCACCAGCGUUGUGCGGCAGGCAGCCCAGCCCCAGGUGACAGCAGCCCUCAGGAUGCAGAGUUUGUGGCUGAGCUGGCUUGGGAGUUUGCCAUAAAGGAAGGAUUCCGUGUGUUUGAGAGCCUCCCCCCAACAAAGCUGCUCGCACGACAUUCCAGCACCUGGGCCGGGCGAGGGCCAUUUCCCAGCAGGAGUUACAGCACCUGGGCACGUCCUGUUCCCAAGGUUCCCCUGGUCAUUCCUCCCAUCAGCCUGUUGGGGAUGGCCCAGGAUCUUCACUGCAAGCUGAAAAUACAGUGGGGCUUUCUGAGUUCCCAGCCCAGAUGGACUCCACUCCCAGAUGGACUCUGCUGUGCCAGAACUGCAGAGCGUACCAGGACCAAAGCAGAGGCUCUGGUGGCUGUACAGGCCGUGGAUCAGGGCAGCCAGGUCUCUGGAGCAGAACAUCUCCACAGUGCAGAUCCCAGCCUGGUGCUUCCCUUGGACCUGAGCUCCACAUCUGGCUGAGGGUCCCGUGAGGGUCACAGUCCUUUGGAGCCUCGGAUGGAAAACUAAACCAUCCACUUUGGCACAGGAGAGGCCCUUGUGCUAAGGGCAGCCUGUGAGCUUCCCAAUUCCAGUGCUGUUUGUUGUUAUCUGUGCUCAGUGUCUUUAUUGCCCAGCUCAAUAUGGGACAAAAUCAUCCUUGGACCAUGAGGCUCCAGAGAGUCAGUCCCACAGCAGGGAGAGUUGGUCAGGAAUGACCUCAAGGACUCUGGAUUCAGGGGAGACUUUGGAGCUGAGACAGUGCCUGGCCCCUGGAACUGGAGGACUCCAUUGUCCCGUGACUGCAGUGGGUCUCUCUGGGUCUCUUCAGGGAUCAUGGAAGAUGCAGUCUGGAUCAAUGGGAGAUUUCAGUACUUCAGGGAGGUCAGAGCAAGGGGAGAACUGUGGGAACAAUCAUGGUAAUUCCAGGUUCUUUAUGUGUGGUAUUAGUUCAAUAUUAAAGUGAUGGGCACAGUUCUUUGGAUUCUCCAGCUCCUCCAGCAUGGGCACAGCCUCACAGCCCACUUUCACAAGGCCACAUCCACCUGCCAUGGGUGGGCACCACAUCCCUGCUCUCAGGGACACAAGGGGC